AUGAGUGGCGCAGGAGAAUUGAGUGCAGAUGAAAUUGCUCUAUACGAUAGGCAGAUCCGGUUAUGGGGAAUGACAGCCCAGGCCAAUAUGAGAUCUGCCAGUGUUUUGUUAAUUAAUUUAGGUGCGAUUGGUAAUGAGAUAACGAAAAAUAUCGUUCUAAGCGGGAUUGGUUCAUUGACCAUAUUGGAUUCUCAUGAUGUAACAGAAGAAGAUUUAGGUGCCCAAUUUUUUAUCGGAAAGGAUGACAUUGGCACGAAGAGAUUGGAGGCCGCAAGGCGCCAUAUUGAAGAUAUGAACCCUAGAGUUAAGUUAACAGUGGACAUAUCAGAUCUUCAGUCCAAGAAUAAAGAAUUCUUUUCACAAUUCAAUCUAAUAGUCAUAACGGACUUAUUUCCCGCAGAUAUUGAAAAAUUGAAUGAAGUGACUAGGGAACUUAAUGUACCUAUCUAUGUGGCAGGUAUCAACGGGCUCUCUGGUUACAUUUUCACUGAUCUAGUGGAGUUUAUAUCCACUGAUGAAAAGGUGAAGAGUGCUCGUCCUGAACAACUCGGUAAACAGAGCCCCAAUAAGGAAAUCAUCAAUCUAUCUGAACGGAAGGAUGAAGAAAAUAAUGCAGUUUAUCAGGUCAUUACCACCAAACAUACUUAUAAGCCAUUGAAAGAACUUCUGAAAUCUGCUACACUUAUUAACCAAUUGUCUAGACGGCAAUUGAAAAGAAUGACUCCAAAGGUUCCCUUAACUCUUACACUAUUACAGUAUGAAACUUUUCAAAACAUAAAUUUAGAUGAUUUUAGGAAGAAGUAUGAUUUAACUCGUAAGCAGCUUGGUUUAUUAAUUGGAGAAAUCAGCAAUGAUACCAUUGAAGAAUUUGUUGAACAAGCCGCUGUAGAAAUCAGUCCUGUGGCAGCAAUCAUUGGAGGAGCCGUUGCACAAGACGUGAUAAAUAUUCUAGGGAAAAGGCAAUCUCCGCUUAAUAACUUCGUUGUUUUUGAUGGUACGUCUUUAGAUAUGUGGGUAUUCGAACUUUAA